CGCCCACCCCCUUGCCGUUUCCGGCGUCCCGUCGUCGUCGGGGCGCGACAGAGCUGUGCCGAAUUGCCAUUCUCGGACACGACCGGGGGUCCGGGCCGGGGGAGGAGAAGACACAAGAGUCCACUCGUCGUCGUCACCGAUCGCAUGCAUCUAGACAAGCGUUCCGGCACUUUGGCACGCGCCUAAUUCUCGUCCACCGAUCGAAUAAUGGCUGGGGCGAUCUGCUCCCGCGCUGCUCCUAUUUAGGCCUCACUGUGCUGCCGUCGGGCUCGCAGGUACUCUGUGAAAGUACCAAGCUUUUUUUUUUUGGUGACAGCUGUGAAGUUCCAAGCUCUGCGUCGCCUGCGACUGCUGCGAGCAGCACGAAUUCGAGACGAGUUUUUUUCAAGCAUCGAGAUCAACGCGAUGGAUGAUUUUUCUACUCUCAGUGACCACAGUAUGCUACUUCAAGGCCAUGACAUGUUCAGUGCUGAAGGAUGCCUAGGUAUCCGCAGUCCUCCAGGCGUUCUUUCGACCGGAGGCAAGCCCGUCGUCCCAGAACUCCAAGAUGCCCACAACAGCAAGGGGGAUGAUAUGUUCUUCUCCGACUGGCCUGAGCUGGUCGCCUUCGACGAUCUCGAGGCAAGCCUGAGAAAUUUCGAUCCAACGUUUGAGAUAGGGAGCAAUUAUUUCGAGGACAUACUAUGGUCCUCAAAUUGCUCACCAGAAGCUCAGCUAGUACGGAACAGCUACUCUGACGAUAUUGAUUUCUCAAUCGAUCGAAACGACAGCAACACUCCGAAGGUAAAUACGACAAAAACCAAGCAACAGUCCAGCAGGAACGGAGCAAUCAGUAGUGGUACAGCCUCGAAUUAUGAUGCACAUGCCAGCUCCUCUUCCGGUCUUUGGGAUGCCGAACUCUUCCUCCCGUUUGAUGAUACAUCACUCGCCAGCCAAACGGGUGGCUGGGAAGGGCUAGAGGCUAUUCUUUGCUCAUCGAGUGCGGAAAUGCGAGUAGUCCCAGCGGCAUCAAGCACCAUGUGCACCGAUGGUUCGUCUACUUGUUGCUCAGGGCCAGACACCGUUACUGCUCGUGAUGCUCCUGGUUCUGCGACGAAGGCUAGAGACCCGUUUAACGGGGCUCCGGAUACAAUCCUGGAGGAGAUGGCUGAAAAUCCACUGGACAUGUAUUUUCCUCCACUGGCAACAUGUGAACGACAGCCUGAGAUGUUGAAGAGCGACACCACUUCAGCGCCGAAGCAUCGGUUUCCAGAAGAGUUUGCUGCAGGCAGCUGCGCUCUGGAGUGUGCAGAGUUACAGUUCUGUGCGGAGGACAUGAGUUCUGCAGGAUUACAUGGGCAGCCUGGCUCGGCAAUCGUUCUGGACGCCGUGCCAGUAAAGGAUCUUUCCUUUCAGAAGCUUCAGUAUGGCAUGAAUCAGCUCGGUCUGGAGACCAAAGGACGCAUAAGGGAUUCGCUAUACCGGUUGGCCAACAGGCUUGAACAAAAGCAUCGUGUUGCUUGUUCAAGUGAAGGAUUGGGAUCAUCGAGUUCAGAUAGGUUCGAAUCAGGCAGAUGGACCGAGACGCAGACGAACCCCAUGGAUCAGUCAGUAGCACAGCUCCUUCUGCAGAAACCCUCUUACCGGAAGACUGUCCCGCCGCCGCACCGUGUGACAUAGUUUUCUCCACUAGAGACCCCCUAGUAGCCUCUUGCAUCAGUGCAAAGGAUAGUGGUACUUCUACUCUGAAAGCCUGAAGCAUGUAAUAUAUGAAGAUGCAGUAUGGUCACUGACAAUUUUGAGCACUGUUAUACCGAAGGGGACUCUGUAAUAUACUUGCGAUGUGUAUUAUUUGGCUACUGGUCCGUCAAUCUUAGGACGGCAUAAAUAUAGCUUUUCAUUUUCAACUU